CCUACCCGCCCGCGGCCAGCGCCCAUGGCCGCGCGCGCCCCGCGCAGCCCCCCGGACUCCGCGCCCCGCGCCGCCGCCCAGUCCGCAGAUCCGCGCCACCGCGGCCAGUCUCACCUGGCGGCGCCGCCCGCCCGCCAACCCGGCUACAGCCCCAGCGCCCACGGCGACAGCCGCGGCGACCGCGACAGUGGUGGAGGACGCUGCUGAGUCGAAGAGCGCGCAGCUCGGCCACCGGACCUACUUACUCGCCUUGCUGAUUGUCUGUUUUUACGAGUUUACAACUUUUAAGAACUUUUGUAUACAAAGGAACUUUUUAAAAGGCAUCUCCCGUUUAUAUUUAAUCCAAAGAAGGAUCUCGGGCAAUUUGGGGUUUUUGGUUUUGGUUCGUUUUUAAGUUUUUUUUCCCUCUUCGUUGACUUUGGGGUUUGGGUAACCCCACUGCUUCGGACUCCCGAGGACCUUCUGGGCCCCCACAUUAAUGAGGCAGCCACCUGGCGAGUCUGACAUGGCUGUCAGCGACGCACUGCUCCCGUCCUUCUCCACGUUCGCGUCCGGCCCGGCGGGAAGGGAGAAGACACUGCGUCCAGCAGGUGCCCCGAAUAACCGCUGGCGGGAGGAGCUCUCCCACAUGAAGCGACUUCCCCCGGUGCUUCCCGGCCGCCCCUAUGACCUGGCGGCCGCGACCGUGGGCACCGACCUGGAAACUGGCGGAGUCGGCGCGGCUUGUGGCGGCAACAAUCCUGCUCUCCUACCCCGGAGGGAGACGGAGGAGUUCAACGAUCUCCUGGACCUGGACUUUAUCCUCUCCAAUUCGCUGUCCCAUCCGGAGUCCGUGGCCGCCACCGUGUCCUCGUCGGCGUCAGCCUCAUCCUCGUCCUCCCCAUCGAGCAGCGGUCCUGCCAGCGCGCCCUCCACCUGCAGCUUCAGCUAUCCGAUCCGGCCCGGAGGGGACCCGGGCGUGGCGCCGGGCAGCACAGGCGGCGGCGGCCUCCUCUAUGGCCGGGAGUCCGUGCCCCCUCCCACAGCUCCCUUCAACCUGGCGGACAUCAACGACGUGAGCCCCUCGGGCGGCUUCGUGGCUGAGCUCCUUCGGCCCGAAUUGGACCCAGUGUACAUUCCGCCGCAGCAGCCGCAGCCGCCAGGUGGCGGGCUGAUGGGCAAGUUUGUGUUGAAGGCGUCGCUGAGUGCCCCUGGCAGCGAAUACGGCAGCCCGUCGGUCAUCAGUGUUAGCAAAGGCAGCCCGGAUGGCAGCCACCCGGUCGUGGUGGCGCCCUACAGCGGCGGGCCACCGCGCAUGUGCCCCAAGAUCAAGCAGGAGGCGGUCUCGUCGUGCACCGUCGGUCGGCCCCUAGAGGCCCACUUGGGCACUGGACCCCCUCUCAGCAAUGGCCACCGGCCGCCAGCGCACGAUUUCCCCCUGGGGCGGCAGCUCCCCAGCAGGACUACCCCGACCCUGGGUGCUGAGGAACUGCUGAGCAGCAGGGACUGUCACCCUGCCCUACCGCUCCCCCCGGGCUUUCAUCCCCACCCAGGGCCCAACUACCCACCCUAUUUGCCGGACCAGAUGCAGCCACAGGUCCCACCGCUCCAUUACCAAGAGCUCAUGCCUCCCGGUUCCUGCAUGCCAGAGGAGCCGAAACCAAAGAGGGGGAGAAGGUCGUGGCCCCGGAAAAGGACAGCCACUCAUACUUGCGAUUAUGCAGGCUGCGGCAAAACCUACACGAAGAGCUCUCAUCUCAAGGCACACCUUCGAACCCACACAGGUGAGAAACCCUACCACUGUGACUGGGACGGCUGUGGGUGGAAAUUUGCCCGCUCCGACGAACUGACCAGGCACUAUCGCAAACACACCGGGCACCGCCCCUUCCAGUGCCAGAAGUGCGACCGGGCCUUCUCCAGGUCGGACCACCUCGCCUUACACAUGAAGAGGCACUUUUAAAUCCCCAAACAGUGGAUAUGACCCACACUGCCAGAAGAGAAUUCAGUAUUUUUUUUUGACCUUUCACAGUCUCCCCCCCUCCCCCCCCCGGCCCCGGGCGGGGGGUUGGGGGGAGAAACCCAGCUGGAAAGCACUACAAUCAUGGUCACGUUCCCAACAAGCCAACUUGUGAAUGGAUAAUCAGGAGACACAAAGAAACCAGAAGACAAAUCAAAGAACCGAUGGGGUCUGUGACUGGAUCUUCUAUCAUUCCAAUGCUAAAGCCAACUUGAAUAUUCUUGGACUUACAAAACACCAAGGGGAUGACUGGAAGGUGUGGAUAUCAGGGUAUAAAUUAGAUCCAUGAGUUGGGGGGAGGGAAGACCAGAAUUCCCUUGAAUUGUGUUUCGAUGCAAUAUAAGCAUAAAGAUCACCUUGUAUUCUCUUUGCCUUCUAAAAGCCAUUAUUACGAUAUUAGAAGAAGAGGAAGAAAUUCAGGUACAGAAAAUGUGUUUUUAAUAACCUAAACGAUGGUGCUUGGUGAGUCUUGGUUCUAAAGGUACCAAAUGAGGAAGCCAAAGUUCUCAAACUGCUGCAUACUUUGACAAGGAAAAUCUAUUUUUGUCUUCCGAUCUACAUUUAUGACCUAAGUCAGGUAAAUACGCCUGGUUUAUUUUAACAUUUUUAUGCAGACAGUCUGUUAUGCACUGUGGUUUCAGAUGUGCAAUAAUUUGUACAAUGGUUUAUUCCCAAGUAUGCCUUAAGCAGAACAAAUGUUUUUUUCUAUAUAGUUCCUUGCCUUAAUAAAUAUGUAAUAUAAAUUUAAGCAAACUUCUAUUUUGUAUAUUUGUAAACUACAAAGUAAAAAAUGAACAUUUUGUGGAGUUUGUAUUUUGCAUACUCAAGGUGAGAAUUAAGUUUUAAAUAAACCUAUAAUAUUUUAUCUGAA